AUGUCUGCAUCGCGAGCUCCUUUGGAUCCGAUGGCUCGUGGUGAAUACAUGAAACUGGACGAAAAGAGAGCCUUGCAACGCAGUGUACUGGACAGGGAUAGGGAGCAUGGCACCGGGAAAGAAGCCAAACCGUGGGAGAGACUCAAGAGGCUAGCGAAGACGCCAUACAAAAGAACAAAUCGUUACCUUCAGGUACCAGAUUCCAGACCAGCUCAAUCGGUCGUGCACUCUGCAGCAAGCCAUCCUCUCGAUACACCAUCACGUGUUACGGAGGACAGAACCAGGUCGACAACUGAAGACCAUCGCAAGGAGGAUGGCCGCAUAUUUAUCCACUUCACCCACAAUCAUCCAUGUAGAGAAGACGGAGAGGAUGAGGAUCUCCGCUGCCUGUGGAUUGAUUUCAGCGAUGAUGAAGCCGAUGGCCAAGUGAUCCGCACAUGA